CUCUGUGCGUUUAGCUUUUAUUUCCGCGUUCACCGAGAGAGCUGAAUGAGUCUCCACGGCCGCCGCUGUGUGUCUGACUUUAACGCCGCCAAUCUGCCUCUCCGGGCGGGGGGACUCUCAAGCAACCCCAUCGGUCAGACCCACGCUGCCGCAGCACCAUGCUCACGCGGGUGAAAUCGGCGGUGGCCAAUUUUAUGGGAGGUAUGAUGGCUGGUGGCUCAAACGGAGACCAUUCCGGUGGCUCGGAUCUGCCGCUGAAAUUCCCGUACAGCAGACCGGAGUUCCUGGGACUCUCGCCGGACGAGAUCGAGUGCUCGGCAGAUCACAUAGCGAGACCGAUCCUCAUCCUGAAGGAGACCAAGCGGCUGCCGUGGUCCACCGGCUAUGCGGAGGUGAUCAAUGCUGGAAAGAGCACGUUAAAUGAGGACCAGGCCUGCUGCGAGGUGCUGGUGGUCAAGAGGAGACCUUCAGAAAGCUCCACACCCAACCGGACUCCCAUGGCCCGCAGAAGGUCUUCACUGCCUAAUGGAGAGGGCCUGAAUCUCCGAGAUAACCUGGACAGCUCUGAAGAUCUUACCUUUCACUACUGGGCGUUGUUCGAUGGCCACGCCGGCUCAGGAGCAGCUGUCAUGGCGUCCCGUCUUCUUCAUCACCACAUCGCCCUGCACCUUCAAGAGGUGAUGGAGAUUCUCUGCACACCCAACCUGCUGCCACCCACUUGCCUGGAUGAGGAACCUAUCAAUCACCUCCUCAACGCAACAUCUAACCGUGCCCUUACCAGGGCUGCAUCACUUCGGGGGGCCGCUGGUGCACCGGGGUCCCCCAGCACCCCACCCACACGCUUCUUCUCUGAGAAGAAAGUUUCACAUGAGAGUCUGGUGAUCGGCGCCAUUGAGAAUGCCUUCAAAGACAUGGAUGUGCAGAUAGAAAAGGAGAAGGUGACCUACAACAUCUCAGGUGGCUGCACCGCUCUGGUGGUUGCCUAUUUACAAGGGAAGCUCUAUGUUGGGAACGCAGGGGAUAGCAGAGCUAUCAUAAUCCGGGCUGGAGAAGUCAUUCCCAUGUCAGCAGAGUUCACACCAGAGUCAGAGAGACAGCGACUGCAGUUCCUGGGGUACAUGCAGCCCCACUUAUUAGGGAACGAGUUCACACAUCUGGAGUUUCCGAGGAGAGUGCAGAGGAAGGAGGUGGGGAAGAGGAUGCUGUACCGUGACUUCACCAUGUCAGGAUGGGCGUAUAAAACCAUAGAGGACGAUGACCUGAAGUUCCCUCUGAUCUAUGGCGAAGGGAAGAAGGCUCGUGUUUUGGCAACCAUCGGAGUCACGAGAGGUCUCGGGGACCACAAUCUGAAAGUGCACGACUCCAACAUUUAUAUAAAGCCCUUCCUAUCCUGCUGCCCAGAGGUCAGAGUUUACCCCUUAUCGCAGUACGAACACGGAGCAGAUGACGUUAUAGUGCUGGGAACUGACGGUCUGUGGGACGUCCUCUCCAACCAGGAAGUAGCUGAAGCGGUCACCUCUUUCCUGGCAAACUGCGACCCAGAUGACCAGCACAGGUACACAAUGGCAGCUCAGGACCUCGUAAUGAGAGCACGAGGAAUGCUGAAGGAUCGAGGCUGGAGGAUAUCCAACGACAGAUUAGGCUCUGGAGAUGACAUCUCUGUCUACAUCAUCCCCCUCAUGUAUGGAAACAAGCAGAACUAAGCCAAACUACAAAACCACAACACAAGCCCCUUUCCUUCGUCCCUUCUCCUCCUUUUUAAAGUGCUUUCGUGUGGAUUUCUUCCUUUACUGAAGGAUCCAAGAUGUUUCUGUCCAGGCAUUUUGCAAUUCCAGGGUGAUUUUCCUUUUCCUUUGGUCUGGUCCAGUUUUAUAGAAAACUUGAUGACUUGAACUGUUGUCCCCCCCGCCCUCUAAUCAGAAGCCAUCAUGAACUAUGUUGUGGGGAAAAAGUUGAGAGCUUGGACUCAUGAGUGACACGGUGACGUGCAUCUCAGAAUUGCUGUGACUAACUAAUGCACAAUAUUUAGAAAUGUGAAAAUGUAAAUACACAACCUUUGAUAAGAGUGUGAUUGGUCAAACAUCUGUACACUGUUAGAAAAAAAAAUUAGACAAAAAAUCUUAAAAAAAACUGAGUCCUUUCCAUGUGAAUCUGCCACUGCUGCUCCGUGUAGGAUGUUCAUUUAGUCUGGCAUCUGCAAACACAGGCUCCUGAACUGAAGAAACGCAUUGAUGAAGAGUACACAGUUGUGCAUGUGGGCUUUUAAGAUAUUUGUUAGCUAUACGUUACCACAGGACUACUUUUUGUUCAGCCAGACCCCACGUUUUGAUGUUAAUGUUUAUUUAAACAAAAGAAACUUACAGGCAUCUUUCUGCUGCACCUGGCCAACUUUGUCUUCCUACGUUAUUCUAUGUAAAUCAUGUUGUUGUGCACUUUAUAUGGCUGCAUGCAUGCUGAAUAAAAGUCACACUCUUUCAGAUAUCCUCAAUCAUACAGUAGAAGCUCCUUAUGACUAACAGGUGCCUCUAACAAUUUAAAUUGCCCUGAUUUUUAACUUUAAUGGACACUUGUGUUACAUGCUUCUACAAUCAAUAUUUUUGUCUGAUUUUUCUCAUUCUAGUUGAUUAAGAUCUUAUUUCUGUGUUAGCUGCUGUAUAGGUGGCUGGUGUGAGUGAAACAUGGGACAAAGUAACUUAAUUUAAUUAUAAACAAUGUUUCCAGUGGACAAUCUUCUUUGUAUUAUUGUAAGUGCAGUACAACUUUCCAAAACCAAAUAAAAGGUGUAAUUUCUACUGUUUUAGAAACAGAAGGAUGUGUAAAAAAAAAAAAAAAGAAAAUGUUGUAAUAAAAAAGGAAACGUC